AUGGACAGUCCGCAACCCACGUUUAUCAAAUCUCGCAUCGGCAACGCGUGUGACGGCUGCAAAAAGAGGAAGGCAAAAUGCGACGGCCAACAACCCUGCAGUUUUUGCGUGCGACGCCGCCGGCCCGAGCUGUGCCACUACUCUCCCCAGAAGAAACCGCAACGCAAGCGAGGGCAACCGCUUCAAGCCGGUGCGGAUGGUGAUGGAGUCCAUGCAGCGGAUGAUGCCACGCGUGUUACCGCACAGCCAGCAGCUUCUGCGCAUCGCAACCCACAGCCGCAGUCCCCUCUCCCAUCCGUGCCGGUGCGGGAGGGUUCUGCUGUCUUACGGAGGAGCAGCCAUGGCGGUGUUUCCAAUACGGCAGAGCCUCCUCCCUCUCUCCCUCCUCCUUCCCGUGCGGCCUCAACGCGGCCGUCAACUACCCAGGCGGUCAUGGACGGUCCCGUUGACGACGCAGACGGUGACACCGAGGUUCCCAGGGAAGCCCGUCUCCUGUGUGACGCCGAGGGAAAGCUCAUCUUCAUCGGUGACUGUGCGCCCUUGUCCUUCUUCCAGUCGGUUCGGCAGCUAGUGACGAACCGCGUCGGGCCAAAUGCCUUUGCCCCUGAGACGAGCCGGUACUCCGUCUUGGAAAACGCCCCAGCGGCGGCCACGGCUGGUCUCUUGUCCGCUCGGAAUCUUGCCCCAGAUGUCCGGCCGAUCCAUAUUGCCGCCGCCGUGUCGAACUAUAUCACGGCGACCAGGGGCCUGGUUGACUUGUUCGACGAGGCCAGGUUAGUCGAAGACCUGCUCCUGUGGGCCAAUAUCGAGCAGAAGCCACACAACCUGACGUCGAUCAUAAACUACCUCGUCCUUGCCAUUGGUCGCCUGAAACACGACCAACAAUCCGCCCAAGUAUACUUUGAAUAUGCUCGUGAUGAGGCUUGGAAGAGCUUGAACGGUAAACUCGGAGUCGGGACCAUCCAGGCCUUCAUCCUCAUCACCGUGUAUAUGCUGUGCUCAUGCCAGAUAAACAGCGCCUUUCUGGUGUUUGGUGUUGCCGUGAGGGCGGCACACUCUAUCGGCGUCCACCGCACGGAGGUAAACGCUCGCUUUGGACCAGAGAUUCAUCGCCAAAGAGACAGGUUGUGGAAGAGCCUGCGGGUCGUAGACUUGUUCUUGAGCGCAUCCAUGGGCCGGCCUCCGUCCACAUCUGAUGUCGACUGCACAGUGCCUUACAAAUCCUUGGACCAACACGGCAAUGAGGUUUUUGACCUGCUGAAUGCCUCUGUCCAGAUUCUUCUCAUCCUUGAAUGCAUCGUCCUCGAAAUUUACUCGCGGAAGAAGAUAUCGCUACAGCUAACCGAAGGGAUAUCUCUCCAACUCCGUGACUGGUCCUCCAAAUGGCUUCAACAGCUCAAGAACGUGAUGACAAACAUGAACGAACCGAAUAGCCAGGCUGACGUUGUUGGCGCAUGCCAGGUGCUUUCUUCAUACUACUACGCUGUGAUGCUAGUGUCCCGCCCGUUUCUCAUGUAUGAGCUUGUGAGGCGGCUGUCGGACAACCCGUCAUCACACGGCACAAUGUCGUCAAGCACUCUAAUCUCUGGCAAGUCAAAGCUCGCAGACGCAUGCAUCGACGCCGCCAGUCUUAUGGUGGACCCCGUCCUCGAAUUGAUCGAUCAUCAAGUCCUCAAUGGUCCCGUGCCCCUUUUGGUCUCAUGGCUCUUCGCCUCAUCACUCGUUCUAGGUGUGGGCCUACUGGGUGGCUUCGGGCGAAUCCUCGAGAAGUACACACGAAUGUCCAUCAGAGCCCUCGACCACUUCUCCCAGUUCGACACCCAUGCCACCCAGUACUCGCUUAUUGCCCAAUCACUUCUCAUGACCGCACUAGAGCACCUCGAGAAGCGCGAGCUGCAGGAGAGACUUCGCCGCACAGAGAGCUCAAGCCAGCUUUUCGGACUAAUGCCACAUGACAACCCUAGCCCGACUGGCCGCUCUCCCAUGCGAGCUGCUGCUAUGUACUCAUCCUCUCAGGUGGCGAGUCCGAUCCCCAGGCCUCGCGAGUCGGUUGAUCGGCCCUACUCGCAGCAGACAUCCAUGCAGGCAGUUCCUUCCCCCUCCCCCCGCUUUGGAAACCUCGACUCUGCCUUCAUGGGCCUGGACUCGCUGAUGCCGACACCAGACGGAACGUUCUGGAUGUCAUAUCUCCAGGAUAAUGACCAAGGAUCUGCACUAAAUCUGUUCCCAUUACUUGAUGCUGGGGGUGGGAUCGAUCUCGCGCAUCAUCUCUAG